AGGGGAGGUCGGGACCGGGGCCGGGCCGCUGCGGCGGCGGCGGCCGCUGCCGCUGCUGCCGCUGUGUCCCGCCGGAGGAAGGCCGAAUAUCCCCGCCGGCGGAGGAGCAGUCCCAGCGCCAGGCCUCCGGACGCCCCAGGGCAGCAGUCCCAGGCCGCGAAGCCCCCGUCUCCAGCUCAGGGCAAGAAGAGUCCGCGACUCCUAUGUGUAGAAAAAGUAACAACUGACAAAGAUCCCAAGGAAGAGAAAGAGGAAGAAGACGAUUCUGCCCUCCCUCAGGAAGUUUCCAUUGCUGCAGCAAGGCCCAGCCGGGGCUGGCGCAGUAGCAGCAGGACGUCUGUCUCUCGGCAUCGCGACACAGAGACCACCCGAAGCUCUAGGUCCAAGACUGGUUCGUUGCAGCUCAUCUGCAAGUCGGAACCAAAUACAGAUCCGCUUGAUUAUGGUACAGUGCAAGUAGAGUGUGAUUAUUUUAAGAGCCAGGGGCCUGUUGAUUUUACACGUACUGCCGAACAUUUUCCAAAACAGCUUGACUUUCAGGGACGGGCAGGUGUGGUGGUCUAGGAACGGGUUCCUUUU